CUAGCCACCGCCCACCGAACUCUCCCGAAAUCCACCCCAUCGCCGCCACUCCACACCGCCGCCGCCGUUCCCACCGCGCCCCUCUGCUACCCGCCGUGCAGGUCGCUUCGCCCCCGCACCUAGGGCGACCGUCGCCACAGGCGCACGCACAUACGCUCUCUAACCUGUCGCCUGAGCCAGUUAACCAUGGCGGAACCCACCGAGAGGGACCAGUACACGGACGAGGAGGAAGAUGACUUCCUAGACGAGGAGCAGGACGAGCAAGGACUUGGAAGCGAAGACGACGAAGGAGGAGCAGGAGCAGGGGGCAAGAGGAAGCGGCUGGGGAAGAGCCUGGGCGGGUUCGGCAAGCGCGGGGUGUGCUACCUCAGCCGCGUCCCGCCGCACAUGAACCCGUCGCACAUCCGCCAGAUGCUCUCCAAGUACGGCGAGGUGCUCAGGAUCUACCUCGUGCCCGAAGGUCAAGGUCAUCGCAAAAAUACUACUGUUAAAGCAAAGGCUUACUCGGAAGGGUGGAUUGAAUUUGCAAAGAAAAGUGUUGCCAAGAGAGUGGCUAAUCUGCUUAAUGGUGAACAAAUAGGUGGAAAGAAGAGGUCCUCAUUUUAUUAUGACAUUUGGAACAUUAAAUACCUCAGGAAGUUCAAAUGGGAUGACCUGGUUCGUGAAAUGGCUGAGAAAACUCAUAUCAGAGAGCAGAAAUUAACCUUGGAGAUAGCAGCGGCAAAGAAACAACGUGAUCAUUACCUGUCCAAACUUGAAAAGUCUCGUGUUGUGAAACAUAUUCAAGAGCGCAGGAAAAAGAAGCAGAAGACAGAAGGAGCAGAAGCCAGUAAUGUUGAAACAAAAACUGCUUGGCCAAUUCCCCAGAAGAAACCAGUUGGGCAGACUGACGCCAAAACUAAAUCAAAGCUUUCAAACGACAUUUUAGCUGGAGUAUUUGGUGGUUCAUCAUGACCGCUUUCUAUCAGUGUGGGUUGGUGCAUGCUGAACUGAUACCGCACAAGAUCAUGAGUUCAUAGUACUUCCAAUUUUUUUGUAGAUUAAGGCAUGUUAUUAUUGUUUUUUUUUGGCUAAGUAGAGGAACUUUGAGAAACCUCUUGUACUGCUGAUAUGCCCAUGAAGGUUUUCUGGCACCUAGCAGUGAAUGUAAGAGGAUUGCUGAUUGCCGGCGCUGAAUGUAGAACUGAAACUCUUGCUAUCUUGUACUUGUUGAAACAACAACAUAUACCAUAAGUGUUGUCUUUGGCUUUAUCUUGCCUGAGAUUUCA